AUGCUCUCUUUCCUCAGGCGUGGAGAUGUCGAGCGGACAAACAGCGCAGACAAUAACCCCGUCAUGUACGAGGGCGGCGCCUCGUCCGUCUUAUUCCACCCGCCCAACUCCAAAUCCGCCAUGACACACACCAUCCCCCCUACAUCCGCAGAAAACGGCACAUCCAUUGUCCAGCCUCCCUUUCACUAUCACGUAUACCAAGCGGAAACGUUCCGCGUUCAGUCCGGCAUCGGCCACUUCUUCCGCGGGAUAGAUGCCGGCGUUUGGAAGGUCCUCUCGGCAGAGCCGGGCGUCGAGUCGACGGCCACUGUUGGGCCAUGCACAUAUCACCGCUUCGAGAAUGCGUCCAAGACGGAAGACCUUGUUGUAGAUAUUCAGCUCGACCCCGAGAACUACGAGGGUGAGCAGCGCUUUUUCCGAAACUUUUUCGGCUAUCUCAACGACUGCAAGCGCGCCAACAAGACGCCGAGCUUUUUCCAGCUCAUGGUGAUACUGCACAGCGCUGAUACCCCGUUGGCAUUGCCGCUGCCCAGUCACAGGCUUGGCGUCCUUGUGAGCAGGCUGUUCUUGAUUAUAGUCGCCUUUUGGGGGCGAUGGAUCAUGGGCUACAAGUCCACAUACCCCGAAUAUUAUCAGCCGAGGAAGUCGAUUUGA